AUGGAGAAUGCCUAUCCGGGCCAGCGCGGUGCAUAUAUUUGGGGAAGGAGUGUGCACAAUGUGCGCAUUGAGCGUCUCUGGGUUGAUGUGACAGCCCAAGUUGGAUCACUAUGGCAUGAAUCGUUCACACAGCUUGAAAUCUCCUAUGGCCUCGACAUCAACAAUGCAAGCCAUAUAUGGCUUCUCCACCAUCUUUUCCUGCCAGCAAUCAACGAGCAGCUCACCUUCUUUGCCGAGGCUUGGAAUCACCACCACAUGCAGAUUCGUGGUGGACCAAAUCGCUCACCUGCUGACAUGUUUGGUUUUGAUAUGCUCACUGAAGGUAUACGUGGCCAGCGCCUUGUUGUCAAUGAAACCAUGGCAGAUGAAGACUUGGAAGCAUUCGGAGUUGACUGGGAGGCUCUGAGGGAGGAUCAUGUUCUCCGGUCGCUUGCCCGAAAUGGUAGAGAUCAGCAAGAGGAUAGCACCACAUGGGCUGGACAGCAGGGUCCGCCGGCUCACCUCAAUGAGGUGCCAUUGGAGGCCCCCGAUGGUCCAAUGACAGCAGCUGAUAUUAUCCAAUUCAAUGCAGUGAUGCAGUCAUGGAUCUUGUCUUCGGCCGACACCACCAUUGCAAAUGUUUGGGUUUAUGGGCUUGCAGCAGCUCGCCUGAUUGCUGGAAAUGUAUUUUAG